AUGACUGAGUCUGCUGAGGCUGCCGCUGCCAACGUGAGCAAAAACUAUAAAUAUGUGCGUCUAACAUUGGUGAUUUAUCCAUAUAAAUCCCACAGGGUGUAUCUUGAGAGCGGUGAAACCUCCAAUCCACCUCAGCCCACAGUGCGCCCCCUCAAGACUGAAGUAUGCACUUUCAGCAAGACCAGCGCUCAGGCCACUGGCAGUGUUGGGGUUAUGACCUACGACCUGUUCGAGCGAAGCAGAAAUGACUACAGUGAGACCCUUGCCCUCAUGUUUUCGGUCCCCUGGGACUACAAUAUGUAUAAGAAUUGGUUUGCAGUGGGCAUCUACCCGAAAGGAAAGGAGUGUGACCAGGCCCUUUAUAAGGAAAUGUACUAUCAAAAGAACCCACAGGGCUUUGUGAGGGAGGAGGCUAAUGGGUCAGGCAUUAACUAUGAGGGAAAAUUACUGGAUAUAAGGGCCACCAUGUGUCCUUUAGGCAGGGCUAUCAUAAAACUGGAGGUGUGGGACAAGCUGCUGUCUCCUUUGAGUCAGCAGGUUUCCUGAACGUAUAAACCAGGCAGCCAUUUUACUGAAUCUAAAUAAUAUAGUAACUUUUUUACAUGCCUUUAUAUGUUAUCACCUGUAUCAAAAAUGUUUGCCUUUACAUUUACCAAUGCAAUAAAUAUAGCCCUAGGUUUUUUUCUUCUUUUUUUAGUUUCCUUGUCAGCUCUUUAGGGUAAUUUGAACGCAGUAAAAUGAUCUGAGGGUGUUUAAACUGGAUGUAAUACGUACCUCUGUAAUAACCCACACUUUAAACUGUUCACAUUUUCUGUCAGAAGAAUGCCUCAGAUGUGUGUUUUCAGUCUGCUCAUGUUUUCUGCAGACUAAAUCUGCUCUCAUAUCAGGCAGCCAUUGUGUUGUUAUUCAGUCAAACCAUCUUCUUGGUGGCUUUUUUUUUACUCCCUCAUCAGGGCAGAGAUCCCUGUGAACAAUAAACACUGUCUGUACUGACUGCCACUGCUGAGGUAUUUUCAAAUAAAUAUUUACCUGCAA